UCGGUUAACAGUGUUUGCGUUACGAAAAUGUUAGAGUUACGUUGUGCAAGACGUUGACCUAACAUAAAUGUUAUUUGUUAAUGUUUAUAAAAAAUGGGCAAUGAAGGCAGCAAACUAAAAGGGCUGAUUAUUGAUAAAAACGCAAUCGAAGUAAAUGACUUUUGGGCACUCUACAAUGCCGAGUCGCCAACAACAUGCAACGAAGAAGGAGGCGGCGGUCAGGAGCUGUCCAUAUUCAAAGGUGAAAUUCUUGUCAAGGGCCAGCUAUGGGCGGCCCAAGGGCCUAUGGAACGGGCCAUAAAGAAUCUGAUGAUCUAUCGCCAUCCGUACAUAUUGAAAUAUAUGUCAACAUGGGAUGAGUCCGGACAAAAACAUUUGGCCACAGAACGAGUGAGGCCACUGAACGAUGUUCUGGCCCAGCAGAGUGACAUACAGGUGUGCCUUGGUCUGCGCACCAUACUGUGCAGUCUGAUAUUUCUUAUUGAAAAGGCGAUGGCACGACAUCUUAAUAUUUGCACACAAUCCAUUUAUGUGACGGACAAAGGCAGCUGGCGCUUGGCCGGUUUUGAGUUUGUGUGGAAGGCGAAGGACUUGAAUAAACAGCUAAUAGACUUGGCGCACAGCUUUCGCCAGCCGUUGGCCAGAGACUCGGCCAACAGUGAACUGGGUCUGGAGCAGUUUGCCUUUGCCACCCUCUGCGAGCAAGUACUGGACAAGUGUGGAGCCAGCGGAGGCAAGGCGAGCACGCCGUAUGUACAAGAAUUUCGCGACUAUUGCAGCACACACCUGAAGCACCUGAACAUUGAGCUGCGGCCCAAGCUGUCGGCAGUGCUCUUGCAUCCAUAUUUCAAUCAUGAAUUCGUGUUAAUCCACUCGUUUCUCUUUGAGCUGCCUUUGAAGUCCGUGCAGGAGCGUCAGCAAUUCUUUAGCAAUCUAAUCGAGCGUCUGCGGUGCUUUGAUGAACAAGUUGUUGCCUCCCAGCUGGCCAGCGAUUUGCUGUCACGCAUGGUACUGCUGGAUCCCACCGCUCAGCACUGCGUCACGCCCUACGUGCUGCGUACAAAGACAGAGAAUGGGACCGCAGCUCUCUUUUCGCCACAAACAUAUUUGCAUUAUCUGCUGCCGCACAUACUGAAAAUGUUUCGACUGCGGGAUGCACAGAUACGGCUCAUUUUGCUGGACUACUUCAUGGAGUAUGUGCGUCUGCUGAGCGAUGAGCAAUUGACGAGCGAAAUCUUGCCGCACCUGCAGCUGGGCAUGAACGAUACCAACGAUGUGCUGGUGGCCAAGACAUUGCGUUCUCUCGCCGAUUUGGUGCCCAUUUUGGGCGCAGCCACUGUGUUGGGUGGUGAUCGUAGACGUUGCUUUUCGGAUGGUCGACCACAUGCUGCUGUCUCCACGGACAGCAGCACACCUUGGACAGAGCCUCGCUCGAUAACGCCGCUUAUGAAUGGCAGCGCUGUGGAUGCCGUUGACUACAUGGUCUCUGGCAGUCCGUUGCCAGUGGAGACCAAUGUGGCCCCGAUGCCUUUGCGUUUGAGUCCUGAUGGCGGCGAGGACGAGAAGAGCAUCACGAAUAUGGGCGAGAAGCCAUUGGAGCUCAGUCAUAGCAGUAGUACCGAUAGCAACACUGACAAUGCAAACAGCUCCACCAGCAGUGCAGCGCACGAACAGACAUUGGUCAAUGACGAGGAGGAGGCGUGGUCCGAUUGGGAGAAUACGGAUGAGCUGCAGCGUCUGCAUGUUAAACAGGAGACUUUGGAUGAGCUAAAUCUGAACAAUUUGGAAACCAACAGCAGCACCUCAACACAGACCACACAACCCUCGCUCACCGACUCAUUCCGCACCGCCUGCUCCAGUCUAUCCACAGUCGCAAUGAAGAGCUCCGUUCCACCGAUCAAUCGCAUGCUCAUUGAUGAUCUCAGCGCGCUGGACAUUCAAGUGCAAUUGACAACGCCAGCCAAUGCCUCUGAGCCGGCUGAGUUUGACUUCUUCAAAGACAUGGAGCCGGUUAUUGAGACGAAGGUCGCAAUCAGCGAACCAGAAAUUGUGCAAAUCGAUGCAAGUCGCUUUGCGGCCGCAGCAACGAGCUCAAGUGGCCAUGAAACCGAUGCCGAGGCCGAUCAGGGCUGGGGCCACGAUGACGAUGAGGAUGAUGUCGUCUGGGGCAACAAUGCAGAGGCCACCAGUGUCUAGUAGUUACGUUAAGCCGUCAGUAAUCUAUCGAUUAUAAGUCCAUAUCUGCCGCCGUAUUUCUUGUUCCAUUUUAGUUUAAUUAUCAUUAUCAUUGUCAUUGUCAUUGCCAUUGUCAUUGGCAUUGGUUAUCCUUUGCUUUACCAGAGUUAAAAUUGUAUAGUUUCUUUUUCCUUAGCUUCGAUAUUUACUUUCAAGUACAGCUUUUGUACAUAUUGUAUGCAAUAAAUUCCAAUACGCAGG